UUACGAAUUACCACUGUCUAACACAAUCCCGCCAGAGUCUAGAAGAGGCGGGAAAGUUUGCUUCUCGCACAGCGCAACCUAAAAGCCCUAGAACCUGAAACCCUCAGAUCUAAAUCCCCAUCCGUCAACUUCACAUUUUCCACAUACAAUCUUGUGAAAUUUGAGGUUUAAUUCAAGCAAUAUGGACGGAUUAUCCAGCAUUUGCGCUGGUCUCGGAAUCGUAGAUGAAGACGACAACGGCAAACCCAUCGGUUAUGCCAAGGGAGAACAUUGUUUAGGUACCGCAUUUUUAUUUUGUAAAUCGAGGAGUUUUUUCGUUGCUUAUUCAGUCGAUUUGAUACUUUUUUUCGUUCAAACUAUCCUGGCAGAUAACUUGAAGGAUUUAUUGAGGUAUUUAAGGCGAGAUGAUCCGGAGAAACGAGAAGUGUUCAAGCAAGCCUGUAAAUGGAAUACUGUGAAAAAGGAUUUGAUACCGAUUAUUGAGUUCUGCCAAGAGGAUCGUAAUUUAGUGUUGAAUUCAGUGAAGGUGUUGGUGUUUCUUACCAUGCCUGUUGAGCCUACAUCAUUUGAUAUACCGCAGCAGAUAGAGUUUCUAUGGGGAUUGAAGUCUGCAAUUACCUACAGUGAUAUUAUUCCUGUGAUAGUGUCUCUUCUGGAAAGUCCACUAGAAAAUCUCGAAAGUGAAUCUUUCACAGAAGACGACUGGAAAUUGGUCCAGCUAGUUCUUACAUUAUUUCGGAACAUUCUAGCUAUCCAAGAUAUAUCAACUCAGCUGAUAGCUGGAGGAUCAGCCACUCAGUUCCUAUCCAUCAGAGACAGGUUUUUAGAACUAUUAUUCGAGGAGAAUGUCAUGGAUCUGAUAUUAGUAUUGUCGCAGCACACUGGUGGUUCUCAUGGAUACUUACGUCAUGAUAACUUGCUUUUACUGGAAAUUUUCCACAACAUAUUUAAGGGUCAAGAGCCAGAGUUGAUUGCUAAGGAAAAUUUGAAGAACUUAGAGGUUGAAGCCGUCGUCGCUGGAAACUCAGUCAGCAGCCUUGAAUCUAUUAUGAAAGAGGAACAAGAGAAAAAAAAUCUUACAAGAUUUCAUAAUCUCAGCUGUUAUUCACAGUUUAGUGGAACAUUUACCCGAGUCUCAGUGGAUGGUUCUAAAGCACUUUUAAAAGGAAAUCCUUCCGCUUCUGCCGAUGCUUUGUUAAAAGCUCACAAAAAUCUCCGAGGUCCAUCAAAAAGAGCAGUCUGGGACCAUGGGAAACUACCAUCAACAAAACAUGAAAUCCUGCAAUUACUUGAUGAUUUUGUUAGCCAGUUUCUAAAGGCGGGAUACAAUGUUUUAAUGCAGUCAAUCCGCGAAGAUAUUGAGAAAGAACUUCAGGAAAUUCAAAGCAGUGAUGUUGUCAUAUUCUUCGAAGUUGCUCAAUUUGUCACAGCAUUUCAAUAUCACAAGUGCACAACUAAAAAGCCUAGUGUUGAUGUUGAAAAUGAGGCAUCAGCAACUUUUCAUGACGAAAACUCCUUGUUUAAAGGCAGUAUGUGCGGACCAAUUGCCGAAACUAUGAACGAGUCAAUGUUUCUUAUGGUCAUUUCAAAGUGGCGGUAUGCAUUUGAAGGAUUAAAACAAACAAACGACUACAAGUUUCUUUCAGCUGCAGGAUCACUUGUGAAAAUUAUGAUACGUAUGCUGGAUUUGGUGCUAAAGCAAGCCUCAGAAGAUUCUAAGGAACCCCAGACUGCUCGCAUCCUCCUAUUAAAGUUAUUCUAUGAUCAAACUGAGGAAGGGAUGACCCAGUUUCUCUUAAACCUAAUAAAGUCAUUUGAUACUCAUAAGCAGUCUAAAAGUGAUCUUGCCAACUUGGUUGAAAGUAUGCAUGUGGUUCUACGACUACUGGAGAACCUUCAAGCACGUGGCACGCUACGGGUUGCCAAAAAGUCGAGGAAGAAAAGAACGAAGAAGACAAUGACCAAGAAUGAACAUGUUCAUGAACCAAGUGUAGAUAAUAGUGCCCCUCAGAAUGAGGUUGAGAACCCUACUUGUGAAGACUCAGUUGAUCCCAUUAUGUUAGAAAAGGAGACAUUAGCAAAUAAGGAUCCUGACAUAGUGGAAGAUGUGAGUAUCAGCGAUCCCAUGCCUGUUGGUGAGCCUGUAAAAAAGCCUGUUGAUCUGGGCAGCAACGAAUCAGAGAUGGAUGGCAGAAAUAUUAUUGAUAAUGAUGGUCUUAAUCUUGAAGCUGAUAGUUCUUCUGGUGACGAGCAGCCAGUAUUGGCAGAUGAAGUGGACUUGAAUGUAUCUUCUUUGGUUUCUGCUCUUGCUAACAACAGUAUUAUUCAGAAUUUGUGUUGGUUGCUGAAGUCCUAUAAGAGCAAUUCAAUCACUACUAACCAUUACAUAUUAACCAUGCUUCGACGAAUUUGUGAGGAUUUGGAACUAUCUCCGAUGCUAUACCAGUUAUCACUCCUCACAAUAUUCAACGAUAUCCUGGAGGAGCAGAAAUCAAGACCACGCAAAGAAUAUGAGAAUAUUGUUUCUUUUUUGACAAGUUUGGUUCGGAGAAUGCUUCGCAAAAUGAAAAGACAUCCCCUUCUUUUCGUAGAGGUUCUAUUUUGGAAGACUCGAAAAGAAUGCCAUUAUAUAAAUUGUGAAUCAAUGCUAACUGAGCUUAACAGUAUGAAGAACCAAACUGGGGAAGAAAGAAUUGGCAGUGAAAAAGGAGGAAAUGGUUUGUUUGAAGGGCAAACAUGGGUUCGCAGGAGUAUAGCAGACGCCCUAGGUGAUGAUGAUUUUGUAGCAUCUCGCCUCGACAGCCAAGGGAAAGAUGAUCAUUUUGAAGGUGGAUUCAGCCAAAGAUCUGGAGAAGGAAAUGAGACCAGCACGUCAAUUCGGAACAAACCAAUUGAUGGGAGUGAAAUUUCUGAUAGGGAGGGGAACUCUGCAGAAGAAUCUGAUGAAUCAUUAGAAAGAGGAAAUGUUCCCGGUCUUAGUUUUGAAAUGCAAGGCACAGUUAUGGAUCUCUUUCCAAAGUAUAAGGAUAAUCCAGAUUGUUGUCAGCUCAUUGCUGGAGAUCUUGAUCCUAAUGGAGAUAUUUCAAAAUUGCAAGUUUCCAAGACGCUUAAACAGCUUGGAAUUAAAGUACCAGCUGAGGCAAAGAUGCAGAGCUCUUCUGCCUCCAACCGACUCAGGAAAAACAAAAGGGAUCUUUCACGGGGUACAACUCAUCACCAUUCAACUACUGCAGACAGAAGUUCAUUGCUGAAAGAACCUAAGCACUCUAAAAAAAGAGUACACGCUUUCAGCGUAGAUCAGGAACAGGAGAUUAAAGAUUUGUUUGAGCAGUUUAAAGAUCAUAGGAGGUGCAGCUACAUGAUUGCUAAUGCGCUUGACAGCACUGGCACAGUUUCUGCUGCCAAGGUUUCUCGCAAACUCAAGCAACUUGGCCUUGUUAGGCCAACGAAGAAGAGGUCUCAUGCUAGCAUGCAGUUAAGGGAUGAGGUUGUUAGUGACAUCCAUUCGGAAGGUGCAGACGAAUCUGAUGAUGAAACAUUGUCAUCUCUGAGAAAUAGAAAAACAAAGAGAAUGCCCCAAAAGAGUAUUGACGAGGAGCUUAUGGCUGUUUCAUCCGAGGAGAAUUUAGUGGAGACUAACCUCACUGGCAGAAGUACCAAAAUCUCAGAGAGGCACUCUAGAAAAAGAGUACAUGCUUUUAGUGUAGAUGAGGAGCAGAAGAUCAAAGAUUUGUUUGAGCAGUUUAAAGAUCACAGCAGGUGCAGCUACAUGAUUGCUAAUGCGCUUGAUAGCACUUGCACAGUUUCUGCCGCUCAGGUUUCUCACAAACUCAAGCAACUUGGCCUUGAUAGGCCAAAGAAGAAGAGGUCUCAUGCUAGCAUGCAGUUAAGGGAUGAGGUUUCUAGUGAUAUCCAUUCGGAAGGUGCACGGGAAUCUGAUGAUGACGAACCAUUGUCAUCUCUGAGAAAUAGAAAAACAAAGCGAAAGUCCCAAAAGAGUGUCGCCAAGGAGCUUAUGACUGAUUCAUUUGAGGAGAAUUUAGUCGAGUCUAACCUCAUUGGCAGAGAUUCCCAAGUCUCAGAGAGGUAUGACAUUGAGCAGUCCACUGAGUUGGGUGGCAUUAUUGUCGACAAUUCUAGUGAUAAAGAAAUCGAAACAAUUGGGAUGGCCUAUCCAAAUGAAUUGGAUGCCAAGUCUAAUGAGAAUUCGCAGCAUGAUGAUGAUAUGCUUGCCGAUGAAUUGGCGGAUUUUGAUGAAAACGAAGAUCCAGUGAUAGCUGUUACCUCACAGGACAGCAGUGCGUCCAGAAGGCGGUUGAGGAUGGUACUAGAUUUCGAUGAUGAUGAUGAUUGACUCCCUCCCCACCAAUUAAAUGUCUGUUAUUAUUUCUUUCUGCAGGUGUGUAUUUGUGUAUAUCCAAUGCAAGUGAAUGUAAUAGUUGUGCACUGGGACAAGAUCUCAUUCGUUCUUACAUGACAAGC